AUGGGUAUUCAAGUGUAUUUCAGUCGCGGUUUGAGAAAGAUACGACCUUACUAUCACAAAAGGACUGCCUUCGCUAAGGGAAGAUGGUUUCAAAGGACGCUGUUAGAUGUAAUGGUAAAUGAAUUCAGAUCUUAUUCUGAAAACCAUUAUUUAACUGAGAUUAAGAAAGGGAAUCUGGCGAUAAUACGAGAGGGAAAAACUCUAGAUCCUAGUGAAGUUUUAUCUUCACCUAUUAGAAAUAACGAUACUGUUCAAACUUUGAGACACAAGCACGAACCGCCAGUCUUGCAAUGGUCUGAGAAUGAGGAAGAUAUUCCGGGUAUUAAAGUUGCUGGAUUCGAUAUAGUUCACGAAAAUGAUAACCUUUUAGUCCUUAACAAACCAAGUGGGAUUCCGAUUCAUCCUACCGGUCAAUUCUACCAGAAUACCAUUACUGAGAUUUUGAAAAGACAUGGUAAAACAGCUCUGCCAUGUUAUCGAUUAGAUAAAUUGACGUCAGGUCUUUUAAUAAUGGCAAAGAAUACGGAAACUGCUGGAGGUAUCCAACUAAAGAUAAGAGAUCAUGAUAUGAGCAAGUAUUACCUUGCUAGAGUUAAGGGUAAGUUCCCUCAUUCAUCAUCUGAAGACUUCUAUGAGCCGCCAAUUCCUUUCCAGGAUCCAUUAUUAGUGACACAAGAAGAAUCUCCCGUUUACACCGUAGAGCCUAAAAAGCAAUUCCCAUCAGGUCUUUCACCUGUAAAAGAUGCAAGAACAAGCUUCUAUCCUCUCAAAUAUUUUCCACAUUGUGAUCAGAGUCUAGUAGUUUGUAAACCGUUGACGGGAAGGACACAUCAAAUUAGAAUUCACUUGGCAAGGUUAGGACACCCGAUAGUGAAUGAUCCUUUCUACAAUAUUGACAACGUGGAAUAUCCGACUCGUUCGAAAUUCAUAAUAAAAGUUGAAGAUUGGACCAAAUCGAAAUAUUCGUAUGAACAGUUGGAACAACUAUUUGAAACUUUCAUCAAAGAGUGUGAGAAUGUUCAAGCAGAUAGAGCGGCUGGUCGAGAUCAACUAGAAAGAUGUACUGAAUGUGAUUCUUUGUUAUUGCAAGAUCCCGAUUCACAAGAAUUGACGAUUUGGCUGCAUGCAUGGAAAUAUGAAGAUUCACAAGGAGACUUUUCCUUUACUACUGCUUUACCUUCAUGGGUCAAUGAAUAA